GCCAAUGAAGAGGACGUUCUUCCGUUCACGCCGAAAUCGCAGACAAACCCGACGAGUGAUAUUCAAUGAAUAGUCUUCCAAGCCGCUCACUAACUUAACUAGCGUCGCACGUAUCCUUGUCGAAAAAGUUUCCCACUCGCGCAAAUCUCACCUCACUAUUCAACCUCCACCUCUCCACCUCCACCUCCACUCGAACCUCCACCAAAGACAACAAUGGGCAAAAAGCGACGUUCUACCUCCUCGCGCACAGGUGCACCCACGGCAUCCGAACCGACGAUCAAUGCGAAGGAUGCAAAACUUGCGAAGGUCACUACGUGGGAGGACGUAGCGGACGAGGAGGAUACCUUCCAACUGCAGCGGGAUCAGGUGGCGCUUGAAGCGCUCGACCGUGGUCGCCACGAUGACGACGAGGAUGAUGAGGAGGAGGUUAUGGGGCUUAAGGAGUAUGGGUAUGAGCAAUCUGACGAGGAUGAAGAAGACGAAGACGAGUCUGAAGAGGAAGCGGAUGCGGGGAACGCCCAAUCCGACGAUGAAUCGGAUGCCGAGAAGGAGGACGAAGAAGCGGAGGAAGGAUGGGGCUCCGGCAAGAGGGCGUACUAUAACGAUGCCGAUGAGGAUGUCGACGCCGCAGAGGAGGAAGCCGAAGCGCUGCGUAUCCAGUCGAAGCAACUCGCCGCCCUCAACGUCUCCGACUUCGCCUUCGAUGACGACGACUGGUCUGCUUCUGCCGCGCCCAACGCUAAAUCCACCGCCGUCGUUACGGAAACCCUACCUACGAAGCUCCCAGAUACUCCCGAGGAGCGACUGAAGCUGCUGCAUACCCGCCACCCAGAGUUCGUGCCGCUUUCGGAAGAGUUUCUGGCACUGCAGACCCUUUUCCCCGCGCUCGAGAUGGGUGCGAUGGCUGCAGAGACAGUUGGUGAGACGGAAAAGACGAGUGCUGUGGUCAGGAAGUGGAAGGUCGCCAGUGCAUACCUCGGCGUGUUGAGCAUGUACUUCGCCAUCCUGACGGAGGCGGGGAAGGAGGACGACGGCGCAAUUGAUAGAGUGCGUGAGCACCCUAUUAUGUCCGCUUUGCUGGCCGUGCGACAGGCGUGGGACAAGGUGAAGGGCGAGCGUGUCGAAAGGAUCGAAGCAAGACUGGAAUCGGUGACCGAGGAGCGAGAGGAUGCCGAUAAGGGACGGAAACGGAAGCUUGCCGAGAGCGAAGAUGAGGACAGCGACGAUGAUUCGGAGCACUCGGAUACUACUGUGCAGGUGGUCAAGAAGGCCCGGGCUACGAAGGAGGACUUUACGGAUUUGGACGCGCUCACUGCAUUCCCGUCAAAGACCUCGAAGACAAAACGAAUCGUCAAGCGGGCGAACGAGGACGAGGACUUUGGCGAGGAGGCGGUACUGAACGUGAUCGAUGCUGAGGAGAAGGCGAAGCGUAAGAAGGGCUUGCGCUUCUUUACUUCGCAGAUCAAUGCUAAGUCUACGAAACGUGAUGCGGCUUCAAGAGGUGCUGGUGGAGAUAUGGAUGUUCCCCAUCGCGAGAGACGCAAGGAGCGAGAGUUGAGGCUACGGGCCGAGGCGCAGAGACGACGAGACAAGGGCGAAGGUGCCAACCUCUCCGACAACGAGCCGGAACCGCUGCGACAGUCCAAGAAAUCGGCAGCGCCGGCCGAAGACCCUGACAAUGAGUACUACGACCUCCUCGUCUCCACAUCCAAGGCACGGAAGGAGGAGAAGAAGCAACUCUACGAAGCGAACAAGGCGGCAGUAAAGGAGGGGAACAUGGCACAGAUGGUGGAGGGUGCGGUAGGGCCCGACGGAAAGCGAGAGAUUGGGUGGAAGAUCAUGAAGAACAAGGGGCUGCAACCGAAGAGGAAGAAGGAAGUGCGGAAUCCCAGAGUGAAGAAGAAGCUGCAGUACGAGAAGAAGAUGAAGAAGGUCAGCUCCGUCAAGGCGGUCUACAAGGGCGGCCUUCAGGGAGCGUAUGGCGGAGAGGCUACUGGUAUCAAGAAGAACAUCGUCAAGAGUACCAAGUUUGCUUAGAGGUAGCUUUCUAUUUUUGGCUAGAGCACGUUUGUACAUACCAAAAGCUAGGGGAUCGUAUAAUGAAGAUGGGACUGGGAUUGAUAUAAAGGGUCCUGUAAGACCAAGGC